AGGAGAUUUCAGCAUUUUAUUUAUGAACUAGCAUAUUAUAAUUGGGAUUAAUUGCAGACAGAAGUUCAGCAUAAAGAAGUGACAAAAAUGACUAAAUUUUAUGUGCGUGUAUGUUUGAUUAUAAUCUCUUGCAUAAUCUUUAUUGGAGUAUUCCUGAAAAGUAAAGACACAGAAUUAGAUGCAGUAGUUGCAAGGUUUUCCAAGUUUGGAUCGGAAUUGCCACACAUUUCUUCAAACAUCUCGAAAAUUCUGAACAAAGUCUUCCAAGAGACUUGUAACAACACAAAGAUACUAUCCAAUAUGCCAGUGAACUCAAUACCAAUGAUGCCUCCAGUGAGACCAUAUCCCAUUGUGCUGGUUGUAUCAUUCAACAGAUACAAGUAUUAUGAUACCAUUCCAUACAUAGAGCUACUCUAUCGGGACUAUUUUGAGAACAUACUGUACUGCGGCCCCUCACAACCUCCAGAGGAUUUGAUGAUCAAGUUCCAGAUGUCAUAUGUUUUAUUUGAACAGCCAGGCAAUCAGCUCGAUGGAGCUUAUAUAUACAAUUGCACAAUGCAAGCCAUAAAUAUGAAUUAUGAUGCGAGGGGUAUUUUAUACAUGUCUGAUGAUGCCCUUUUAAAAGUUGAAUCCCUUGUAGAUUAUAAUAUGAGUGCAAUUUGGCAAUCAAAUUAUGUCUAUGGAGUGAAUGAUAGGAGGGACUUACACUUAGCUAGUUAUACUGAUCAAGUAAAAGGCCCAAAAGAAUGUGAUGAAGAAAACUUCAAACUUCCUUGUAAUAAAACACCUGAACAAAUAUGGUUUGGAUAUUUAAAAAAAGAAAUUAUAAACACUCACAACGAGUUAUUGGCAAAGGUGACAAUGGAACAAGAAACUGAGGAUAAACUAUUUACAAACUUUUUGCAAACUUUAGAAGAAAUGUCAGGUGGAAAGAUGCGUUAUUUCAAAACAAUAGUGGAUGUUUACUACAUCCCAAAGGGCUAUUGGAAACAAUUUUAUAGGCUGGCUGAA